CUGAUAAGCGACACGACAAACGGUGUACGGAUAAUGUCACUCUCAUCCACGAGGGGGCAGAGCCCUGCCCAGACUCUGAUGCUAAUUGGCUUGUCCUUAUUCUACUGUCAGUCUACUUGCUGGUCACCAAUAUUCUGUUGGUGAACUUGCUCAUUGCUAUGUUCAGUUACACAUUCAAUAAAGUCCAGGAGCGCAGUGAUGUCUACUGGAAGUUCCAGCGCUACAACCUGAUUGUGGAGUACCACUCGCGCCCCUGCCUCGCCCCGCCCUUCAUCAUCAUCUCCCACCUGCAUAUCUUCAUCAAGAGGGUCAUUCAGAGAUUGCCUUCCCUUAAGAGCCAACACUUCAUGUUGGACCUGACAAGCAAAGAGACGAGCUUGUUGAACACAUGGGAAUUGUCACUGAAAGAGAACCUGCUGUCCACGGAGAGCAAGAAGAAAAGAGAGAGCGACACGGAGCGACUCAAACGCACCUCCACAAAGGUGGACAGCGUCUUGAAGCAGAUGGUGGAGAUUCGUGAUCACGAUCGCAGGUUGAGAAAGCUGGAGUCUGAGGUGGAGUACUGCUCUACUGCCCUCUCCUGGAUAGUGGAGGCACUGUCCCAGAGUGAUCUUGUGAAGCAGACUCGUCCACCUCCUUAUCCUUCCAAAGGUAUUGCUUCAAAACGUCCCACAUUUUCCAGAUGAACAUUUUGCCAAUAAUACAUGUACAAAAACAUGGAUUUUAUGAGCUUCAGCUUUUCGACGUGUUCAAACUGUUGUAUCGGAUUUUUUUAUAUUGAUUCAACACUUACAUUGUCAGUUAAGAUUUUGAACUGAUUGAAAGUUAUAAAUAAAUUAUAAUUAUAAAA